AUGGAGAACCCGAAACAGCAGCCGGAAAUAGGCAAAAUGCCAAGUGACGCCAGCAGCAUGAAACUUCUAACAAGUAGGAGAGCGGAACGGCGAAACAUGUACGAGAAAAAAAAAAAAAUAAAUUGGGACUGCACAGACAACAAAAGACCGCUUGACGCGAAGGGGCGGCGGACCAAAACCCCGCGGGCAAGGGGCGCGACAAUAAACAACAAUCUCCGACUACAAACACGCGGACAAGAAGAAGACAAAACAGGCCAAACGGGCCGGCAAUGUCCCGUCAGCCCCGGCGCCACGGGUUCAAAACCCCAAUCCGUGGCGUUCGCACAGCUCGGGGGGCGUCAAAAAACGCAACAUACGCAAGCCCACAAGCCAAAACAAACAAGUGCGGCAAAUACAGUGAAGCUGAAGAGAUAUGACAACAUGCAGUGGAGUUUCUCCACAAAGCUUAAUAGCGCUCAACGCUGAAAAUAGACAUGAAAUGAAAAUUCCUCCAUUUUUUGUGUAGUGCUUUAGUGCUUCCAAUCCUUUUUUGUUGCGGAGUGAUUCGUAAGCAUAUAUGAACGGAUGCAGCGUUUCUGUGGCUGGGUGCGUCACCCGCGACGGGCUGUAUAAAACAUCUGCGGUUGUUUAAAGCGGAGAGGACCCGACGGCACGGCACUGCUGCAGACGUCAACAGCCCGCCGAGUGAAGAUGACAGCUUGGGUCGGGGCCCUCUUGGCAGUCGCUGUUGCUACUGUGGUAGCCGCGACGGCCGCGGAGACAGAGAAAGCGGUAACAGCGACGGCGGCGGAGACAGAGACGGCGGAUGGAGUCUCGACCGAGGAGAGAACGGCGGAAGGGGUUUCGAGUGCAGGUGCGGCGUGCCCGUCGGCGCCGGCGCCCAUCGUUUCCACGUCCGCGCCUCCCCAGCGCCUGCUGAUCAACAAGUGUUGCAAGCGCCACGAGCAGCUCGACCAGGAACAAAAGCUCUGCGUGGCGUUUCAAAACGCGACUCAGGCGGACCGCGACAACCGGAACCAGGAGCAGGAGAACUGGCAAAGCGUGCGAAGGAGGGGCCAGCCUCCGUGGCUCACCAGGGUUGUUUGGACAAUCCUGAACCAGAACUUUUCUGAUGAUCUCGUCGUCCGCUACAACUGGCGCCCUUGUCCUUUCAAUCUCACCUCAGUGAAAUGGAGCAAAGAGGCACAUUUUUUCAGAAACGGUUCGAUAAAGAUUAAACUGUGGAGCAGCGUGCCCGUGGUGAAGAAGCAGUACCUGCUGCUGUCGCCGGCCGAGUACUGCGUGGACCAGGCGGCGCUGGGCAAGGGCUACAUGGCGUAUCUGUCGUGCCCCUGCGCUCGGGUGGCGUGCGUGCGCAAGUGCUGCGACCACUCGCGUAAGCUGACGCUGGGCCAAUCCGUGGGUAUGGUGCAGCAGGCGCACUGCCGGGUAAGGAGGCGACAUUUUAUUCAUUACUAGCGUACGCGGCAAUUCAUCGCUAAAGCAGUGUAUUAAAUACAAUGCAAGUUCAAAAACACCGGUAAAAGUGGUUCAGGGCAUCAACUGAUGUGUCUCUGAUCCGGAAGACCUAGGUUCGAGUCCUGACACUGAUAGAAUUUUCGACAGUAGCUUCUUAGCUGAAUCGAGUUCAACCGCUGACUGCAGGAACAUUAUAGCGGCCGGAUGCUCUGAUCAGUAGUUCUCUGUAAUUUCACCAAGCAAAUGCCAGAGUAGUAACCUAUCAAACGGGACAUGGACCCCGCGCGAUCUUUCCUCUCUCAUCUUUGACCCAUAAUCACACCUUAUAACCCCAGGACCUCUCGGUCAGAGGCAUUGCAGUGAUAUCAAUUGAUGCUCUGAGUCACCUAGGUCGAUG